AGGACGAGACGAGAGGGACUGAGUCGCUGAGGGGUUUUCCGUUCACAGUUUCGAACAGGGAGAAACUGCGAUUGCAAAAAGCGGUGGCGGAGAUGUCUGAAGCGGUGGACGACGAGAGCGUGCGGAAGUUCGUGGCGGCUUACUUGAAGAAGAAAGGCUUCAAGCAGGCGGAGAACGCUUUUCAAGAAGAACUAAACAAGAAUACCAACAGCUCUUCGUCCCCGAUCUCUUUCAAUUCCCAAUUGGACCCCGACGUCGCCAAGCACAUCCUCUCCUUCUCCCAAUACGAGGAAGGUCCAGCACAGUAUCAAGAUGGAUAUGCCAAGUUGAGAUCAUGGACUUACAGUUCACUAGAUUUGUACAGGCAUGAGUUGCUUCGUGUUCUCUAUCCUGUAUUUAUUCAUUGUUUCAUGGAUCUGGUUGCUAAAGGUCAUAUACAAGAAGCUCGGACAUUUUUCAAUAGCUUCCGUGAAGACCAUGAAAUGAUGCACCUACGAGAUCUACAGAAGUUGGAAGGCGUUCUUUCUCCCUCUCAUUUGGAGGAGAUGGAAUUUGCUCAUUCUCUUAGGCAGAGCAAAGUCAACAUAAAGAUAUGCCAGUACUCGUAUGAGCUUCUGCUGCAGUUUCUACACAAGUCACAAUCCACCACAGUGCUUGGGAUUAUCAAUGAGCAUAUUAACUUCCAAGUUUCUCCUGGACAACCCAGCUCAAUUUCCGAAGAUGCUGAGGCUGUAACACUUACCGGAAGUAGCCUGGAUUCAGCUAAUCAGAUAAACCAAAAGGAAAUACACUGGGGGUUGCUCGAAGAUUCCUUUGAAGAACGCUUGGAAAAGGCUGGGGCCUUAGACUCUGAAAAAGCAGAAGGAGAAAGCAAAGAAGGGGAUGGGGAUGAGAAUAAGAAAAAAUCAAGUGAAGGAGCUAAACAGGGGGCUUCAAACAAAAAGUUGAAAAAGGACAAGGCUUCUGGUGCAACGGCGAAAACUGCACGCCCUGAGGCAACCCCUGUAACUGCAGUACCAAGAGUCAAACCAGAGCUUACUCUGCCAGUAAUUCCCACAGAGGUUGAACAGUCAAUCUUUGAAGACUUGAGAAACCGUGUGCAAUUGAGUAGUGCUGCACUGCCAUCUGUCAGCUUUUAUACAUUCAUCAACACACACAAUGGUUUAAACUGUUCGUCUAUAUCCCAUGAUGGAUCCAUGGUUGCUGGUGGAUUUUCAGACUCGUCGCUGAAGGUAUGGGAUAUGGCAAAGAUUGGGCAACAAGGCCUUGAUUCAGCGUUGCAGGGUGAGAAUGGUACCACCACUUCAAGUGAACAAGUUUUGUCAAAUGGUGGAAAAAAACCAUAUACCUUGUUUCAGGGUCAUUCAGGGCCAGUUUAUUCAGCUACAUUCAAUCCCCUUGGGGAUUUUAUACUCUCCUCUUCAGCAGACUCAACUGUUCGGUUGUGGAGCACAAAAUUAAAUGCAAAUCUUGUUUGCUACAAGGGUCAUAAUUACCCAGUAUGGGAUGUUCAGUUUAGCCCUGUUGGUCAUUAUUUUGCCAGUGCUUCACACGAUCGAACAGCAAGGAUUUGGUCUAUGGACAGAAUACAGCCUUUGAGAAUAAUGGCUGGGCACUUAUCUGAUGUUGAUUGUGUGCAAUGGCAUGCCAACUGCAACUACAUU